GUUAUCGAAAUUGAAAGCGGUUGGUUGACCGAGGUUGCUCCGCAUUACUACAGGGGCAAGGAACUGGAUGAUCCGGCAAGUCGGAAGAUGCCAAAACAAAAAGGAAAAUCUGCUGCUGAAUUGUCUUCAUUAUAA